UCAAAAUAUUGCACCGGUUGCGUAAUUCUGUUUUGUUUACACAUUUUUCGUAUUAUUUUGGUUUGAUAUUCAUCAGCUGCAUGUCGUUUCUGUAGUUUAUUUUUGUUACAAUGGUUAAACCCUUAUCGGUUGGCUUGUCAUUGCUCCAUAAAUGCAUGAGUCAACAUGUAGGAAAUGAAAGCUUGCAGUUAGCCGUUGAAAUUUGUGAAUAUUUUGAGAAAACAUUGUCCAUUGCGGAACAAGAUUUGGCUAUAAACGAUGCUUUUAAAUCGAAGCACAGCUUACUGGCAUCGUUGGAGAAGAGUAUGUACCAACAGAAAGCCCACAAGAAUGCUAACGUCAAAAUACUGGAACUCAUUCAGAAUUUGAUUGAGAAGUACAAGCCGAAAAUGAAUACCUAUGCCAAAGCAAUAUUGGAGACGAUGGUGCCGAUCUAUUUGUCCAGUAAUGUGUCUGCAAAAGAAAAAGAAAAUUCACUUUCCAUUCUACAGAGUCUGGUAAAUAAUGAUCUUUGCAAGGAUGUUGAUAUGAACGUACUGGUCUUCCAUUUGGUGAAAAUUAAAAACGAUAAAAAGCCCACAGCCAGAGUCCUUCAAUUGACUUUUGAACUGCUGGGAUUGAUUGCUAAAGAGUAUCCGGAUUAUAUUCGGAGCGACCAGUACGACUAUGAGACACAGAUCAGAGAUCUAUAUUUCCAAACACUAGAAACCACAGUGAUGAAUCAACAAGAGUUUUCGUUUCUGUCAUUGAGUGGUGCGUUAAAUGGUUUCACAUACUUCUUGGAAAAUUUUGCGCCAUGUCCGACAACUCAUCCAAUAAUUUGUCAACGAAUUUACUCUUGUGCCAUCAAAUUAUCAAAUCCGGGAGAUAUAAAAGAUAAAACGGCUUUCAGAGCUGCGCUUCAUUUAAUCGAAAAACAUUCAACAAUAUUCUCCGACCAACUCUACAGAGACCAUCAAUAUUGGCACAAAACGUUACUGCAAUGGUUGACGUUGCCCAGCUGGAUCGACCGUAAAUCGGCUAUUGCAACUUUGAAAUCGUUCCACCGAGAACUUGCGCGACAAUUGGAAAAUCGUGAGAGUGAAGCCGAUGUUAACACCUUGAAGUUCUACAUCAAUUUCUUCAAAGCGACAUUGCAAUCGAAAGACUCUCGUCCGUACGAAGUUCGUAUUGCUAUCAUUGGGUUCGGUGUUUUCUCGAAAGCCUGCAAACAUUUGAUGCCAACUACUCUCAACGAACUGUUACACGUGGUCAUGCUACGCACGGAAUACACGUCCAUCGAUGACAGUAAGAAUAAGGACAUCCUCGAACACUAUCCAUCAUUUGUGUUGGCCUUGUCGGAAAUUAUGGAGCAUACCAACGAAUUGUCACCUAUUCAAAUCUCGUCGCUGCAGAACAUCAUCAUUGAGUUGAUGAAAAACUUUUACUUAUUGUCGCGUGCCCAUCAUGAAAUGGUGGUAACGUCACUGUUGAAAACGUUUGAGAAUUUGUCAAAGUUAGGCUCGACGAUGGACGAUGUCCUCGAAAAAGUCAUGAUACAAGGAGUUAUUUGGGCAUGUUCGCAUGAAAUCAAAUUGAAUGCGAAUGCCAACUGGGACACACAAAAGGACUGGAAGGAGCACAUAACUUACGAACAUUUUAUCAAGCUCUGGUUGGGACUGUUGGACUAUUCCGAAAAUCAGUACGAAAUAAAGGAACGGGUCCAUACGCACUUCAUGAACACGUUAUUUGUAAUGAUCGAGAAAUUGGAUUUGAGCACCAGAAAGAGACUAUUCAAGGACAGCAACGGGCAGGACCAGGAACUGUAUUUUUGCAAUCCGAAUUUAGACUUUGUACCGGUGAAGCCAAAGGAUUUUCACAUAUUUUUCAACAUAGUCGAUUUCUAUAAGGACGUUCUAAUGCAACAGAGCGACAAGAGUCACAUCAACUUUUUCACGAGAUUCCUCAAUCAAUGGAUAAAGAAAAUGAUCGACAAGGCCUUUGAGUUUCCAUUAGUGAGUGGCUUUUUAAAGUUACUGGAGCUGGCGUUUCGAAUUUCCAACAAAUUGUCGGCCUACGAACCAAUUACCCGUUACAUUGACGAACAAGCGAUUGGUAGCGUGCGUCUGCUGAUCAGUACCAUGAUACCAAAGUGCCUUCAGAUGUCCGGUGAAUUGCAAAUUUCGUGUCUUCGGCUACUAUUUUCGUUGCCAGUUUUUCUGCUCAGCGAAUUCUCCGACGCCAUUGUACCGGUCUUUCGCAUUGGAUUUGAAAUUGGCAGGAGCGUUAAUUUUAUGGCUGGAAUAACGCUUACAGCACUGGAACGGCUGACAUCAUCGCUGAAGGAAACGGAUUUUGAAAAGCUUUCACCGUUACUGGACGCUGUGCUGCCGUGCUUGAACACCUAUUUACAAAGUAGCGAUUUGCAGAGUGAAACGAAAAUUGACGUGAAAAUUGUUGAAUUUCGGCGAAACAAAAUAGCAAAAAAGAUGCUCAACGUGGAUGACGUUGACAGUGAGCUACUAAAAUUGCAGAAGAGAAUGGUUUUGUACUUGGGCACUCUGGAACCAUGUCAUUGCAUUCAAAUGAUCGAAAAUGAACAAGACAAACCUGUGCUUACGAAAUUAACGUCCGAGCAGAAUAUUCGCGUUAAGCUUUACUAUCCGCAACUGACUCCCACCAUUUUUUUGGACACAUUAGUUCCACGCAUUUGCUAUUUGGCCACUUCGUCGAGUAACCGAAAGACGAAAAUUGCGGCUUGUGAGUUAACUCACGCAAUCGUGCUGUAUCUGAUCGGAACCGGUCAUUAUCAAGGUGACUUGUGGCAAAAGUUAUGCGCAGACAUAUUAGUUCUGGGCAGUGAUGGUGACGAUGCUGUGAAGCAAAUGUUUGAGCCACUCCUUAUGCAGAUUAUCCGCUACAUGACUCAACGGUCUCAGAUCUUGCAUCCGGGCGUUGAAAUAUUCUGUGAACAGCUAAUGGAAGGCAUUUCGCAUCAAUCCAGUUCAGCAAUUCGAGAUUUGUCGGCCCGAUGUUUACGCGAAUUUGUCAAAUGGAACAUCAAGGAGCUGACCAACAAUUUAACGACGGAAAUUGGCGCCCUGCCAAUACUCAAGAAGCUGAAGUUGUACAGUUUCGAUUCGGAUCAUAAUAAACGGUGCGGAGCGACACUGGCAUUCAACAAUCUCUACCGCAUCAUACGUGAGGAUAAUAAAUUGAUUAGCGAAUAUUGGCUGGAUAUCCUUCACACUUUUGCUAUCAACUUUAUUAUGUGCGAAGAAAUUGGCGGUGACAUUGAAUCGACGUAUGAUCAAAUAUCCACUUGCAUGGACCACAUUGAGCGAGUGAUUUUCGAACGAAAGGAGAUUUUCAACCGUCCGGAUGAAAAUCGGAUAACUCCGAACGAUUUUGGCGGAAGUUUGUUGCAGGACGCGAUGUUGUGGUUGUUCAAACAAUGUGGAGCAAAACAAAAAUUUUAUCGUCGCAAAUGCCAGCAGAUGUUCAUUAGGUUGACUCCGUGCGUAAAUGGCUUCAACUCAACCAUGGAAUUUCUGAAAAAAACACAAAAUGUAGUGACAAUAUUAACGGUGUUUGAGGGACCUGCUUCAGGUAUUGCCGGCAGACCAGACUUAAGCCACAUCAAAAUUGAACGCGAUUUUUCGAAUGCCUUGUACAUUUGGUUGCAACAAUUGCUGAGGUCGUUAGACUGUCACAUAUGGAUAAUGGGAGAUGGAUUGUACGCAGAUGAGCAGUUUUACGAGAAAUCUAGUUUAUUGUCAGCCGUUGCAGUAUUUCUGAACCAAAUUUGUUUAGUUCCAUUAUCACGUUUAUUCGAAAGUCUCAAACUGGAGCCGUCUGACGCAACCAAUUCACAGCAGCUGUUGUUUUGUAUCGACGACAAUCCGAAAAUUGCAUCACUUAAACGAGAAAUCAUUUCACGAAUUAUUGGUUACUUCUUGAAGGUUGUUCCAUCGUCCAGAUUGCCCGAGAGUUUUUGGAGCGUCAUUGUCGACUCCACCAACACACUCAUUUGUCGCCUAAUUUUUAAGCCGAACAUCUUUGGAUUCCAUUUGAAAGACAAAGUCUUUGUUACACAGAUACAAUCACGGCUAACUAAUGUGAUAGAGGUGAUAAGAUCGAAGGCGCCGGCAGAGGUGAGCAGCGCACUAAUCAACAUGUUGGCAAACGAAUUCAAAAUUCAAUACGAAAACUUGAUAGAAAAUGCCGAACAGCAGCUCCAUUUGGCCGCAGUAACCAAUCAACAACGAUGCACCGUUGAAGGACUGAAACUGGUUGUCAAAUCUAUGAAGCUGUUCGGAUUUCCGGCCAAUAUCUUAACAUUCAUCGAAGAAUCGACAGCACAGCUUAUCGUUGAUCUAUUCAACGGCACCGUGGAGAAACGUCAAAUGGGUUUCUUUGCCCGGAAUGUACUGCCCGACAUAAAAGAUUAUGCGAAUAACAUCUUGCGAAUAAUUACAAUCAACGAUAUAGACAUCACGGAUCCACUGGUUGAACUUCUUGUCAAACAGAACGCACUGCAUCGGUCUGGUACACUCGGCACAAUUUCGUACGGUUCACACUUCAUGGACGUUUUUCGACCAGCUAUCUAUGAAUACUUCAUGGACAAUCCCGAAACGAGCAUCAUGCGAUUCGUCAAUAAAGUGACUGCGGAAAAUGUGCAGCACAUUUCACGGAUGCUAAUCCAAUUAACUCAAUUCAUUUAUAAGUGGAGGCGAUACGAUGACAACAAUUUGAAAUCCAUAGUUCGGAGUCUGUUGAGUGUAUGGACACGGUUUGCCGAUAUUUUUCGUGCGAGCGACCACGAUCAACGUUUAUGUUUAAGUAUGGUUGAUCUAAUGAUUCACAUAGCAAUGAUAUGUCCGUAUCCACUUCACGAAAUUUCCACUAGAACCAGUGGUCUUGAAACUUGGCUUCUUCAUCUACUCAACGAUGCAGACAAAUCUCUGGAAUUAAAAACACGAGUGCUAAGUCUAAUCCCAUGCAUAAUCGGCCAAUCACACACUGAGCAUCCCGACCUACUACGAGCUUUAGAAAGUGUACAAUUAAAACAUUUCCCACUGCAGUCUCACGAGUUCACCGCUGGUAGUUUGGAACGAGCUGGUUACGUGAAUGCUUUAGAUUCGAUUUUGAAGGCAAUGGUUGCAUCGCAAUCGGUUGUUCUAUUGAAAUAUGUCAUUCGUCUUACGGCAACCGAUGCGGAGCACAUUUUGGAAUAUUCCAUUCAACAGCAUCUGGAACUGUUUCUGAAGAAACAAAGUGCGGCAAACCAACACAAAUGCUUAGACAUUCCAUAUCAACUCUUCUGUGACACGUCUCUUGAGCCGAAUAUUCGACUGUCGAUUAUGAAGCGAUUUUUGCUGCGAAUGAUCAGACACAGUUACGUGGAGGGUUUAAUUUUGUUUUAUGCUGCUCACAUCAAAGAAAUCGAUAAGAUGCUUCAAACGCAUUACGGUCUGGGGAACUCGGGAUGGAAUGUGGAACGGGCGCUAACUAGUCGCAUUGGUGCCUUUCAGUUAGUCGAAGCAUUGCUGGGGUCAGUUCCCAAAGAACGAUUGAACGAAAAAACCAGUCCUAUUUUAUUGGCCUUUAUUGGCACCGGCAAACCUCCGAACGGAAACGAACUGAUAGUGGAACUAACUAAAAAGGCCCAUUCGACAAGAAGCGACAUAUUUGUGACGGACGAUGCUACUGCUAAAGAAUUGUUCCGGAAAUACCAGUGCGCAUCCUUCAAUGCCCUCAGUGCCAUUUUAUGCAAUACACAAACAAGGCUUGAAUUUUACGAACGUUUUCUGUUCAGAGAGAAUCCCGAUAAAAACAAUUUCGUCUGGCGUCACAUUAUCGAUCAGUCCAACGAUCUUUAUUCGAGUGCAUUCACACAAGAGUACGAAGAUUUUCCGAAAGUCAAACAGCGAAUCGUAUCGAUUCGCCGAGUAGUGGACGACAAAGUCCAGCAACGUUACAUCACAAGUCAAAGCGUUUUCGAUUCCUCGUUGAGCCAAGAUAUAACGAAACUUGAUUUGAGCUCAUCCGCAAUCAGAACCGAUGCAGAAGUUGCUGCUUUAGAGACAACACCGUCUACAUUGGUGGUAAAACUGGAAAAAAGUGUCAUCACCAAUCACGAAUCAAUGGCCGUAUUGUGUGCCGUUUACACUCAUUUAUUUGACCAGAAAAUAACACCGAUAUCAGAGAAUUCACUGGUGCCUCUCAGAAAAACACCCGAAUGGGUUGACGGCAUUGCCAAAUUGGUGGGCAGUUCGCAGGUGCACAAAAACAUUCGCCUUUUUCUCGUGAAAAGUGUUGAAAUUUGUCGCCAUAUCUUUCGUCAUUACGCCCACAUUAUGACCAGAUCUGUUCUUCAAUUAUUGGUUGAUGAGUGUGCGGGCAAUCAAAUGAGCUCAUUCGUUGUCGAUCUGAUUGUUAUGCUGCUCGAAUGGAAGAAUGACUACGAAAUUAGGUCUUUCGAAGAGAUCGGGCUGGUGUCGUUGCUGUUGGAGUUCCUCAUGAAAAAUGCGUGGAACGCCAGAAAAGAUGUGUUCAAGCAAAAUCUCGAAAUUAUUAAAAAUGUGGUCGAGAAUUGGCGAGAUGUUAUCAGCUUGAAGAAACAAUUUCUUUUCGAUUCCAUAAAUCGAACUGCUCAGAACGAUUCUCGUGACAAUAUUUGCGGCCUUCAAAUAAAUGCCAUAGUUUUGGCCAAUAAUUUGAUACCAUGGACUGACACAUCGCAGGACGCGUAUUUUCGAUCGUUGGUACGGUGCUUGCACAGUGAAUUUACUGCAGUAUCUCAACCUGCCGCGCAGAUUAUUGGAAUGUCUCUAGCGAUCAUUCAACCAGAUGCAGAAAAUCCUUGUCUUCGUGAGCUUAAUGAACUUCUACUAAAGUUGAAGGAAAGUCAGAAAGUCAAAGAGUUUAUCGAUAUUCUGUACGGAGUGCACAAGAGCUAUCCACACAUCGUAGACAACUUUUUCAUGACAGUCGGAAAUCAUAUCGCUCUUCUGUCUGGAACUCCGAAGCGUAUCUGUUUAGAGAUGUUUCUGUCACGAAUGGAUUACUUUGAGUCGGAGAUUUGCAAAGAAAUCCAAUCGAUGGGGUUGAAGAAACUGAUGCAAGGCAAGGAAUAUCAGUUGCUGGCGUUGCACAUCUUAAACAAAGCCUUGACGAAAAUGGUUCCCGGCGACAUAGCUACAUUUAUGGAUGAAAUUUGUGAGUUUGUCGAUUCCAGUGUGGUCGAAUGUCGCGACAUAAUGUAUGAGAUGCUGAUGUUUAUUUGCCGAACAUUUCCCGGCUCUGAACUGUUCCAACGUUCGUCAUCCAUUUUGCUAAACGGAUUAAUCGACCCGAGUUCCGAGAUACAGACGAGAAUAUUCAAUUUUUGGUCGGAUCCGGCACGGCUUCCGGACACAUUGGAUGUACGAUUUUUGUAUUUAUUAGAGCGAUUGUUCGACGAACAGUCGGAAAAACUUUUUUUGAGCUACUGCAGUCAAUUACUGCUAGAGCCUGCAAUAUUACAUCCAGACUCAAGGCGACAAAUGUUCGAACAUCAAAGUGAUAACGAUGCCAAACUUAGCGAGUACGACAUUGAUGUUAGUUGGAAGACUCAGAACAGUCUCAUCAAAGCUCCAUUGUUUGUGGAAACGAAUCAGAGUCAUGAAUUCACAGAUGACCUGAUAUCAACUCAACACAUAAUUCGUCAGACAAAUACGAAUUUGGCUUUCGAACCGACCAAGGAUCCGAUGUCAAUGUCACAGACAUCCGAUACGUUUUCAUACCAAUCAGCUUCAUCCUUCCUAUUCUCUCAAAAACCCAUGACACUUGAUCGGCGAUCGCGACGAGUAAACGCUGCGGCCCAAUCAUCCGGUGACCAAAAUUCGAAAAUUUUUGCCAGUUUAAGACAUCGUAUUAUCACCGACAAAGACAAAACCAGUCGUUCGCAUGCUCUAGCUGCCGUCGAACGGAACAGCUACAGACAUGCUGUACAAUCUGAGUCCAAGCAAAAGAAGGAGCAGCAGGUUCAGCUCUAUCGUCGAUAUAGAUACGGAGAAUAUCCAGAUUUACUGAUAAACAGUCUAGCAAUUCUGCUUCCGUUGAAAGGGCUCGUAAAACACGACAAAAUUCUUGCACGUCAGCUUUUGAUUGCAAUUUUCGUUGGUGGCGUCAAGGAGCUGGGACCAACUAGCAAUAAAUUCAUUCAAGCGUUAGGAAACUCGAUGCAAAACAUUUUCAAAAAAACGAAAAACAGUGAACCGUUGGUAUUCGCUACAUUGAUGGAAAUAGCGCUUAUUCAUCCCAAAGAGUUCGAUUUGCCACUUGAUGUAGUCACAAUGUUAUCCAUGGCCAAUAAUAUGACGCCUGUCGGAAUAUUAUACAUUGAAAAUCGUCUUCAUUGCAACGACAGCGAAUCAUCGGGAUCACGACACGGAAAAUUAUCCAACAGUUCUGUGAACAAUGAGGAGGAUUGCUGGUUGAAAUUAUCCAAAAUGUAUCGUAAUUUGCAGGAACAUGACAUUGUGGCUGGAAUUUUUGCUGAUAAACUGAAUGUAGAUGACAAAAUCACCAGAGCAAUUGAGUUGGAGCAGCACAACGACUAUGUGGCUGCGCAAAAAAUCUAUUUGGAUGUGAUUUUGCGACAAAAUAAGCUGGAAGUUGAUUUCGCCUAUGAGGCAUGCUACAAAUGCUUUGAAUACUUAUCGGAUUGGUCAGAACUAUCUUUUAUAUUGAAGCAGCAGUUUGAUUCGUAUGAUGAAUUGUGGUCGGAUGAAUGGAAUUUUGAAAAUGUCCUACCGCUUGUAAUCAAAUCCGAAUUGCGAUUAAUUUUGAAUGGAAACACAGACAAUAGUCAAGAAUUCCUGAAUGAACUGAAACAGUCACUGUUAAUGGCCGAUCGAGCCGAUCACAUAAAAAUCAAUUUCGGCGAGGAAUUGAUGAUGUUGCACAUCGCGAAUUCGGAUUAUCUGAGCGCUCGGCUCCAUUCGGAACAGCACUUGACUGCAUUCAUUUCAGAUUGGUGUACGUUGAACAGCAUGUCGCAGAAGAUUCGUUACAAGAAAUUGCUGAAUGUUAGGAAUGUGGCAGAGAUACACCAAUACUCCAAUCUUUUAACGAACGCUGAAAAGGAUUCGAAAGAUUCGAAAGAUGUUGACACAUUUUGCCGAUUGUGGAAACAUUCCCAUCCGCAACCAUUCGAUUCGAUCUUAUUAUGGGAUGCAAUGACUACAUACCGAACGUUUGUUGGUGAAAUUUUGAAGUUUUCGAUUAACGACGUUGCGGUCGAACAGAACAUCUCAUUAAGCAUCACAGACAUCAUGUUCAAAUUGUUGGAUUUGUCGCUAUGUCAAAAGAAUUUAAAGCUCGCAGAUGUAAUUUUCGACAAGUUGUCACGAUACAAAAAUCAACCCAAUGAUCCAUUGUCGCUGGAUUGGUAUUUAGCCCGAAGCAGGCAACAUCUAUUGGAAGCUGACAGAACUGUAUCAGCUACAAAGAAGCUACAGCUGUAUUGCAAUGCAUGGAUUGAAUUGGACAAAAAUGUUAUGGAAAAUGUUCUCACAAUUCGCAACACGGAAAAGCACAUCAAUGCAUUGCAAUGUGCCAGCGAGAUAUCAACAGGUAUCGGUAGACUGAUCGCAGCCGAAAAUGUUUCGUGCGACGACUUGGAAAUGCUGCUGAUUGGCAGUUCGAUACGGAGUAGUCGAGAUAACAAAACUGAACGGCUGUGUGAACAUUCGUACAUGUGCCUUGAUGAGAGCAUUAAUAUUGCUACCGCAAAUUACACGCACAUCAAGAACGACAGCUCUAUUAAGCUACUCGGUGAUGCGCACUUUAAAUUAGCCGAAUACGUUCAGACGCACUCUGACGACAAUUUGUGCUAUAUAAACAAUGUUGCUGAGACAAUGAUCAAGGCACUGCUGAGAGGCAUGACCUACGGAUCGAAAGAAGCACGCCAGUAUUUCCCUCGACUAUUGCAAAUAAAAACGCUUGCCAGCGAACAAACGAAAAAAUUGUUCAAUGAUGAGUGUUCCAGAGUGCCAGCAUGGAUGUUUCUCGGUUGGAUAUCGCAAAUAAUUUCCGAACUGAAAUUCGAUCGAGAUUGUUACAUAGAUGAGCUGGUUCUCCGCUUGGCUCAAACGUAUCCAACUGCACUCACAUAUCCGUUCAAAUUGUCGCAUUCCCAGUACAUAAGUAAUUGUUCCGAAGAAGUCAGUGAUCGACCAAUGAUUGUACGCAUCAACCACAUCAGCAGAAAUCCGUUGAUUGAUAGUUUCGUGAAAGGCUUGUCGGCCGUUUGCGUUCCCUCCAAAAUGAUGCAACAUCAUUUGAUGUCUCUGAAUAACGAAUUUCUAAUGCUUUCGGAGAAUCAAUUCUUCAAGAAAGUGUCGGAUAUCAUUGAGACUAUUUUCCCUCCGGAUCGCAGCUAUUACGGAACGGAGUACGACAAGUUGAACGUGUUUUUCAAUGAUAUUCGCAAACUAUCUUCAUUGAGCGUGGUCAACGACAGAGAAACUAUAGCCAAAGAACUGAAAUUAUUGCUUUUCAAAUUGAGAUCUCUUCAAUGUGACAACACAGAGCUCGUUAGAUAUUCUCCAUAUCUGGCGAAAUUUCAAUGGUGCGGUGAGGAUAAUCUUCUUGAACUGCCAGGUCAAUAUACCGGUAACAAUUGCCCAAACACAUCGGAACACAUCAAAAUAAUCAAAUUCGACGAAAAGAUAACGAUAUUCAAGUCAAUGCGAAUGCCAAUUAGAAUUAAUAUUUACUGCAGCAAUGGGAAAACGUAUCCGUAUCUUGUGAAAUACGGUGAGGAUAUGCGACAGGACGAGCGUAUACAGCAAAUUUUCCACCAUAUGUCCGGUCUCCUGAGGGCGGAUGAAAAAUGUCGCAAUCAUCAGUUGACCAUCAAAGGUUAUCAAGUGGUGCCGAUAAGUACUUGCUGUGGCAUUUUAUCGUUUGUUGAACACACGAUGCCGAUGUUCGAUUUAACUAGCCAUGGCUUGGAACGGAAAGAAGGCAAUGCUAAGGCCAAGUUAGAUCAAUGUCGUUUGGAUUUUGACAAAUUUUUGCGAGUUCAUUCCAUUGGCGAGAAGAAUCAGAACAACAUCCACUUGUACGGAAGAUCGGUAAUGAACUAUAGCAGAACUCAGAUCAUCAACAACUUUCGAAAUUUGGAGUAUAAAAUUCCCGACGACAUCAUCAAAUUUGCUUUAAUUGAGUUGAGUGUCUCACCGGAAAGCUUUUUCCUACUGCGCACGAAUUUUAUCACCAGCCUAGCAACAAUGAACAUCGCCCACUGGGUACUGGGAAUUGGCGAUCGUCACUUAUCCAACAUUUUAAUACAUCAGAAAGAUGCUACAAUGCUUGGAAUCGAUUUCAAUUUAGCGUUCGGUGCAGGCACUCGAGAUUCUACCAUUCCCGAAUUGAUACCGUUCCGAUUAUCACCACAUUUCGUUAAUGUGAUGACACCGUUCGGAACGAGUGGAUUAAUCAUAAAAACAAUGAUUCACACGUUGCGCACGUUCAGAUCGUCGCGAAAGUUAUUAACCUCAUACAUGGAAAGCUUCGUCAAGGAACCGACCAUCGACUGGUUGCAUUCGGCUAGAGCGCACAAUCCUGAUGAAUCCAUUUCUUCAUCCGACAGUGACUGGGAACCGCUGAUGCGUAUUAGAAUUGCUGAACGAAAGUUGGCCGGAGCAAAUCCUAAAGACUUAUUUGCAGAAGACCUACGAGCGGGUCAAGUAGCAAGAUUCCCCAAGUACAUGGAAGGCUACUUGAAAUUUUUGAAUGGCCAUCAGCAGCAUAAUAUCAGGGCCAGACUUCCUGAAACUGAUCUCACCGUUGAAGAACAGGUUCAGUGUCUGAUCGAUAUGGCCACCGAUCCGGCAUUGCUGGGGAUACUAUUUUUUGGAUUCCAGCCGUGGAUUUAAUUUGUUAGCUGUUAAAGUGGUUGCAGAUUCGUUGUAUGUUGAAAGACCAAUAAUUUUGUUUAGGAGCUGUCCAUAAAGGACGUCCGCGGUUUUUCUGGAAUUUUAGACCCCCUUCCCCCUUGUCUCCACUUUUCCACUACACAAAUAUAUGGCGGUCACACUUUGAUGAACCCCCCUCACCUCUAUAGUGCGGACGUCGUUUAUGGAUGGCCCCUAAAUGUUUCGAAAAUCAAAUAAAUAUUUAUGAAUCCUAUCUAA